UUUGGGACAUCGUAACUAGUAGAAACGACUUUCUUAUCUCUGUACUUUUUCGGAAUUCAUCCACUUUUUAUCAGUUCAUUAUCUUUCGCCUCUGAUAUUUCACUUAAAUUGCAUUGUCUGGAAACCGCUGCAAGGUAACGGUAUUAAACCGAACCAAAAUAUGGGUGUAGCUGAUGAUGUUAUAAACAGUGGAGAAUUUGUCAGAAAAGAUGCCCAAUUCCGGAAUACUAUCUCUAAAAAUGGUAAAUUUCCACCUGAAGCUGACCGCUAUCACUUGUACAUAAGCUUAGCCUGUCCAUGGGCUCAUCGAACAUUAAUCGUACGGAAGUUAAAAGGUUUGGAAGAUGUGAUUGGCCUGUCAGUAGUUCACUACUUAAUGCUUGAUAAUGGCUGGGAAUUCAAGGAUGAAUCCGAGGAUCCAGCUUGCAUUCCUGAUACUGUAAACCAAUUCAGGUAUGUCAAGGAAUUAUAUUUUCAAAGUGAUCCCGAGUAUUCGGGACGAUUCACGGUGCCUAUUUUGUACGAUACAAAAACUAAACAAAUUGUGAACAAUGAAAGUUCCGAGAUCAUUCGAAUUUUCAAUGCUGAAUUCAAUGAGUUUGCGAAACAUCCAGGGCUAGAUCUGUACCCUGAGAGAUUAAGAAAAGAAAUCGAUGAGUUGAACGAUUUCAUUUAUUUUGGCUUCAACAACGGAGUCUACAAAGCUGGAUUUGCUCUGACGCAAGACGCUCACGAAACGAACUCUAAACUUGUGUAUGAAACUUUGAUCAAAUUGGAAGAAAUUUUGGCCAAAGGUCCUUUUGUUUUGGGUGAAACAUUCACUGAAACGGACAUACGUCUUUUCACUUCGGCCAUUCGUCAAGAUCCGGUUUAUUUUGGGCAUUUUAAAUGUAAUCUGGUAGCAGUUAAAGAUUUGCCGAAUCUAUCGAAGUGGCUGAAAAUGAUUUAUGAAAAGGAUGGGAUCGGCGAUACUGUGGAUAUGGGUCACAUCAAAAAGCAUUACUACAUGUCCCAUCGUCAUAUUAAUCCUACUGCGAUUGUUCCAAUGUAUAACGGUCCUUUUUAAGACAA